AUGUCCAAGGAACCUUUCGAUUUCUCGACAUGGGGCGGCUUCGAAGGUACUAGAAGCAGCUUGUUGCCUGCCCCCGCAAGGAGACGUUCAUCGCCGAAACGCAUCAACAGACGUGAUGGCGUAAUAAUGCCCGAUAUUAUGCGCCAAUACUCUUACUCCAGGGAGUUUGAGAUCAACUACGAAGACGUUAGUGGAGGGGCGGGGGGAGCAGGUCGUCAAACUCGCUUUGAUAGCAAGGUCGAUGGAGAGAGGCAAGACGACGACGCGCUCUCCUUCGAACGAGAGAGUCCCGGCACUGUGACUGUGGGCAAACUUUGCAUGCCUUCCCUGUCUCCCGCCACACAUGCUUCAUCCAGAUCGAAUCGGUCUCCGAGCGAUGGCACUUUCAGUGUCUUGAGCAGCGACAACGAAGACGACUGCGGCGGGCUCGCUUCGAUCGGUCAGUGGCAUUGUUGCAAGUGCGGCAAAAGGCACGAACUCUUGAGAUACUACAAAGGACCGCAUCUUGUUAGUAUCUUGCGAUGUGCAUGCCCACACAAGUCGUGCGAGGACUGCACAGUGAGCGGCCAGGUUCAAGUCUUCCGGCCCAUAUCAGAUUCGGCACCCAUCCCGUUCUCCGACGAGGAAGACAAAAGCUACAAGCGUUUACAUUACGGCGUGUGUUGCAGCGCCUGUGGUCUGUCAUGGCGGGUACAGAAGCGGAAAGUGGUGCAUCGAAGGUUCUCAAAGAUGUCGAUAUCAUUGCAUAUGCCGCACCCUCUCGAGAAGCUACGCAGUACGAAAUCGAUGAUCAAUCUUUCACGUCCUGACUACGAAGACUCGGCAUCUCGAACGACCUUCUUCCAACGAUUCUUCUCGAAGAGAGGCCAAACCCUGGGAGCGAUGGUCAAGUUCAGUGGUAUCAAGUGUACCUGUGGCGUUGUGACGGACGGCUCCUCACUGAUGUUCAAGGUCCUGGAUCUACCGAAGGCUAUAGAUGUGGCGAAGCCUGCGGGAAGGGAUGGAGAACAAACAACCCAGCCUCAGGCACUAGAUAAGCUUACCACAACACCAGAGCUUCAGGCUAGAGGUCACUGGUCACCGACUAUCCGUCUUCAGGGCGGUCUGCAUCCGAAUCCACUCAGAAGCAAUUUGGUAAACGAAAUGGCCUCACCAUCCAAGGGUUUGGAGGACGGACUGGACAAUCCACCUGCCGAUACUGUGCGCGACAACGAUUACUAGACGAUCGAUCGAACUGGAUGCAACCGAGUAGGCGCUCGGAUCUUGGUCGUAGCUGAUAUUUGCGGAGCCCAUGGAAUAGGCAAUAGUAGACGAUGUAAUAUGGCGUUUGCUUCUUGUAUGACCGGUGGAAUUUGGUUGGAUAAGGGUCAUGAU